UGCCUAACUAAACCUUUGCCCCAGCCAGCGCGCACCCCAUCUUCUCCGGUUGUGAGGCCCCGUGCUGCCUCCUCCUCUCUCUCUGUUUCUACCGACGCCGCCCCAGCCCCCGCGAGAGAGAAACCCUAGCCUAGGGUUCCACGCGCCGCCGCCGCCGCCGCCGACGUCGACCCCGCCUCGCCCUUCCCCCGAGCUCGCCAUGGACGCGGGCCGCAAGAGGGCCGUGCCGGAGGGCGCCAACGGCGGCGCCGCCGUCAAGCGCGCCAGAGAAUCGGAGUCGGUUCAAACGGGUGUAGGAAGCAAAUCGAAGCCAUGCACCAAAUUUUUCAGCACUGCUGGUUGUCCCUUUGGUUCAAGUUGCCAUUUUCUCCAUAACUUCCCUGGAGGUCACCAGGCUGUUUCAAAGAUGACCAACUUGGGUGGUCCAGCUGUUUCAGCUCCUCAAGGAAGAAUGCCCAUGGGACCUGGUGUUCCUGAUGGGCCACCUACACCCAGCUUGAAGACUCGCUUGUGUAACAAGUUUAACACGGCAGAAGGUUGUAAAUGGGGGAACAAGUGUCAUUUUGCUCAUGGAGAGAGGGAGCUCGGAAAGCCCAUGCUGUUGAACAACUCAAUGGCACCUCCAAUGGGACCAAGACCCAAUGGCCACUUCCAGCCCCCACCGAUGCCUGGCCCAGACAUGGUUCCUCCCUCAACCUUUGGCGCAUCGGCCACAGCCAAGAUCAGUGUUGAUGCAUCCCUUGCCGGCGCCAUUAUUGGGAAGGGUGGAGUCAACACAAAGCACAUAUCCAGAAUGACUGGGGCCAAGCUGGCCAUACGGGAUAAUGAGGCAGACCCCAACCAUAAAAACAUUGAGCUCGAGGGGUCGUUUGAUCAGGUCAACCAUGCCAGUGCAAUGGUGAAAGAGCUGAUUCUCCGCAUUGGUGGCAACGCCCCUCCUCAAGCAAAGAACCCAGGGAGGGGGCCUGCGGGUGGUGGUGGGGGAAGCAACUUCAAGACCAAGCUGUGCGACAACUUCAACAAAGGCUCUUGCACAUUUGGAGACAGAUGCCAUUUCGCCCAUGGUGAGAGUGAACUGCGCAAGUCGGCUGCGGCUUGAGAGAUGCUUUUUUUUUCAUGGCAUUUCAUGAUUAAUAGUGAUUAGCAAAGCCUGAGCUCCAAAUCCGAGGCCAUUCACCCAUGGUCAUGUUGAGUUGCAUAAGCCUGUUGUUGAUUGAUUGGGAGAUACUGUCAUGGCUUCGGUGUGAUCAGCUCGCUGUAACUGAUAGAUAUCCGAGAAUGGAUUUGCUUUUGAGAUUUAUUAUAGGCUUAGUGUAUUGCCGUCUUUUUUCUCUCUCUGCUCCGCAUCCAAUUUUUGUACUGUUUCUAAGGCAUUUUAAUAUGGCAAAUUUAGCGAUUCUAUUUCUGGAGAGUUAUAGAAUCAAGCCGAACUUGAGUA